UGUAAUUUGAUUGUGUACGUCACUACACCAAAAUGGACAUUUUCUAACGCCACAAAUUUGUAAUUUCUAACAGAUAUAUUCGUUAGUAAUUACUAACGGAUAUUAUCCGUUAGAAUGAAAUAUAUUCGUUACAAUUAAUAAUAAAUUAUUUUUUCUUAAAAUUGUGAAAGUUUAAUAAUAAUUCCAACGGCAAAUGUCCGUGAGUCCUAUGAUUAUCCAAAUAGUAUAAUAUUUAAUCAGUUUCUUUCAUCUCUUAUAUUUCUCUUCUCCGUUCCUCUUUUACCUUUUAUUUUCUUUUCCAUUUUUUUUUAUAAUUUUCCCCUUCCCUAAUUUCCACCAGUACAACCUUCGAUGGCCUUUGUUGGCUGCCAUUGUUUGCCAUCUUCUCUUUCAACCGCCGCCGUCGCCGUCGCCUCUACCUCCGCCGUCGCCGCUACCGCUGCUACCGUCGCCGUUACCGCCGCUACCGUCGCCGUUACUGCCGCUACCGCCGCCGUCGCCGCUACCACUGCCUUUGUCGCCGCCGCAAAGACCUCCAAUAUUUCAGGUCUUCGCUUUCUUCCAAUUAUAUUCACAUUUUAGGUUUUUUGCAGAAUAAACCCUAGAUUUGAUUUUGUUUUUAAAAUUAAGCGAAGUUUGAAUUUAUUUAGGGUUCUUAUUCAUCUCUAAUGUUUAUUGUCACAUAUAUUUUCGAUUUCUUUCACCAUUGCUCUAUAUAUUUCGGUUCAGCAACCUAAAACAUACAUUGGGUACUGAUACCCCUUUUUAGUUGUGAUAUUUUUCAUGGGUGCCUCUUUGUUUUAUCGUUUACAAAAUUAAAAUUGAUUUUUUUGGUGUGUUUUGUGUUUUAUGGGACUAACUGUAUUACUUCAGAAAAUAUAUAAUAUUUUGUCCUCUAGGUUUUUCUUAAAUCUGCUAUACGAGUGGAGAUACAAGGCUGGUCGGCACAAGUUGUAUGAAUUUGCUUUCAAGUGUAAGAUCUCUAAUAUUGGCUAUGUGGGUAAAUAAAUAUAUUCAUUUAUUUGUAUUAUAUUUAGGGGAGUUUGAGUUUUCUCCAUCAAUUAUGCAGGCAGUUUGUGGCCCUUAUCUCAAGGAGAAGGCUCUGGAUAUCCUCAGAACACAUUCUCAGGUGUGGAAAGAUUUGCAUUGUGUUGAAGUUGUUACCUUAACUAGAGGUUUUGGUUACCCACAUUAAGGUAGAGAUGAUCUUUAAUUACUUUUGCUUGUAAUGGAGUAGAUGACAGAGGAGAAGUUGGCCGUCUUAUUCCUCGGCUGUGGACAGGUUGUAGAUUGCCGUGUACGCGGAGACGCAAAUUUCGUUCUUCGUUUUGCUUUUGUGGAGUUCACUGACCAAGAAGUUGCACGAACUUGGGUAGAUCUUCACAUCAGAUCCCAGUACUUUGAGGAACAUUGCAUGCUGAAAGGAGUUCACGAAAAUUUUGUUGGUAUUGAUUAUGUGAUUUUCGGCUUGUGUGUCUUUUCAUUCUUGGGUACUUGGUCCGACUUCAUAACAUUCAAGUAAUAUCUGAUUCAUCACUGGAUGAUAUUAUCUACUAUGACUUUCCAAUUAUAUAUUGAUUAUAAUGCUAUUUUAAUCAGGGUAUAACGUGGAAGAGACAAAGUCUUUUAAGGAUGAAAUUUACCAUGGUGAAGAAAUUGAGGAAAUAAGAGCUCUAGGAUUUGGGAUCAGCUGAGCGAGAGAUGAGUGUUGCAAGUACUCUCGAAAAGAUGGCUUUCCAACUGACUUAAGAGUUUUUGGAAGAAUAAUGCAGAAGGGACACUUGAAAUUAAUUUUCAUGAAGUCGGUUAUUGUAUUCAUGUUUUUGCUUUUGGUGUUUGGGGAAUACAUUUAAUGUAUUUUACUAAUAGAUGUUAUGUAUCAAAUACGUAAGAUUUCAAUAACAUUUGUUAAAUUCAGUUAUUUAUAAUAUUAAUAAUAUUACCAUUUUCUUGAAAAUGGUAAUAUUUUUUUUUUAAUAAUUUGCCAAAAGAAUACUAACAGUUAUAUCCGUUAGGAAUUUUGCUAGGACGUUACAAUUAACAACCGUUACAGUCACGUUUCUAACGGAUACAACUGUUAGAACUAUUUAUUUUUCUAACGGAUUUGGAUAAUUUUGCCAACGGUUUAUGUCCGUUAGAAAUUUUAGACCUUAAAUUUCUAACGCCAUUUUUCUAACGGAAUUUCGCCAUUACAUUAAAUGUUUCUAACGGAUAUAUCUGUUAGGAAAUAGCUUUUUUGGUGUAGUG